GUUCUCUUAUUCAGUUAUUGUAGGAAUAAUGGGUUUUAAGGGUGAAUUAUAAAUAACUGAUAAACAAUUUUUAAACUUGUAUCAGUAAUUUUAAUUUCAGGGAAUUCGUAGUUUGAUUAUUUCAGAAUUUUAUGAAUAUAUCAUAGCGCAAAAUAUUUUAAAGUAAUUAAAAUACAUUAAUUCGGAAAUCAAGCUGACAUACAACGAGGGUUAACUGUUACUGUUGAGGAUUUCAGCUUCAAAAUCAAAGAUCGAGUCUGUUUCGGUACUUGUACAAAAUUUAACAAUGCCUAAAUCAAGAAGUAGAAGCAAAAGUCCAAGACACAGAAGAUUAAAACAUAAAAAUCGUAAGCGCUCACAAUCAAGAGAAAGAAGUAACAAAGUGAAAAAAAGAUCAAGAUCACGUUCAGCUGAUAAGAUUUCGAAGUCCAGGAAACGCUUAUCUUCUGUUUCAAGCAGCAAUAGUGAUGACUUGGAUGGACUACUAGAAUCUUCUAGAAAAAAGUUAAAGAAGAUGAAUGAAGUAGAGAGGCUUGCAGAGAUGGAACGACAAAGGCGACAAAAGCAGUUGGAGGCAAAGUGGGUAGAAGAAGAAACUACUAAAAGGAUCGAGGAAAUUGUAGAGAAGCGGGUACAAGAAGAACUACAGAAGCGUAAAGAUGACAUUGAAGCUGAAGUCUUAAGGAGAGUCGAAGAAGCCAAAAAAGCCAUGGAGAAACAAUUGUUGGAAGAAAUGGAGAAGCGUCGAGAGGAUGAACUUGCAGAACAGAGAAAAAAGGAGGAUGAAGAAAGAAAAAAACGUGAAGAAAUUGAAAAAAUCUUAGAAGAAAACAACAGGAAAAUUGAAGAAGCUCAGAAAAAACUUGCAGAAGAGAGGUUAGCAAUGGUGGAAGAACAACGCAGAAUUGAAGAAGAGCGUCAGAGGCUACAGAAAGAACAAGAGAAGAAAGUAAAGCAGGAUCAACAAGUUAUUCUGAAUAAAGGAAAAAUUAGGCCAAGACUAACAUUUUCAUUAAAACCCACCUGAAUUUCUGUUGAUUGUUUUUACAGAAUCAAGGAUUAUACUCUUCAGUGGAUCAAAAACCCAUAAACGACUUCUUGCUAUGCCCUGUUCAAUUUUUUCAGUAGACAAGGUAAAAUAUGCAGGAUAAGAAAGGUGGUUAUUUUAAAUGUGUAACAUUUUGUAUAGUACAGUACUGUAUCAAAAUCAGUUUGGUUUAAGGUGUAAUGAACUGUAAAUAAAGGUUAUGUUUGCUAAUGUGAAUAUAUGUAUGCCCUGUCAACAUAAAACUGGGUGUCAUUACUAUGACUUACGUAUAAAUUUUCUUUAGUUUUUUAGGACAAAUGGCUGCAUUAAAAGCAUAUAUUGGGCUAUAAAUAGUUGUGAUUCUUACUCAUUAAAACAUAAAAGGUACUUAUUGGUUAUAUUGCAGUAACCAUUUUCAGGUUUAAUCAUACUGCUUCAUUGACAUUACAUUUUGAAUAAACCUAGCUCAUGGUUACAUCAUAAUGAUGGUCAUCACACUUUAAUAUUGUUUUCUUCGUGUUAAAUCUUCAGUAAAAUGGGCUUUAAGUUAUGUCUUCUUCAGCCUUAAUAAUAAUUUCUUUUAUCAUAUAAGUUUCUUUUAUAUUGAAGUUUCAACAAAAGGAUUUUGCUGCUAUAGUAAAGUAGCUGUUAGGUUUAGCAGUAAUCCUUCCUUCAUCAAAAAUUCAGGAAAGUAAACUUUCACCAAAGUUGUUGUGAUUCUCUUUAACCUUACUAAUAUUUUGCUAACCAUGUUAAAAUUUUAAAUGCUGAAGUAGCUGUUUCAGGCAUAAGUUAAUUUUAACUUGCAGGAAUCCUCUAUCAGUUUCCCCUCCCCUUUUUUUUUAGUGUAUUCCCAAACAAAAGUGUUACUUUCUCCUCUUGGCGAGUAAGAUACUUUCAGAAUUCACCAGGAAUGGAAUGAGUUAUUUUAAUGGUGUUUACCUUUCAAUCUUGUAGUGCUUAACAGUAAUGUUGUCUUUAUGUUUCACUUUCUUAUACUGUGCUGUUUUUUUAUUACUAUUAUUUUCACCCUUUUAAAAUUACAAAUUCUGUUCAGAAAAAAGUGUGCACUAAAUCAGGAGAAAUAUUUUUUACCUUUAUUUCAUUAAAGAGUUUAAACCUAUGCAAUUGCUUCUUGAUAAUGUCUUGUAAAUUCCAAACCAAAUUCUGUAUAAGAAACAGUGCAUUUCACAAUAUACAGAGUUAAUAAACCUUUUCAAACCUAAAAUACAAGCACUUUUCUAUGACUUCAAGAUAUUUUCCAUGUCCUUGCUUUCAGGAAUGGAAUACACUAAACAUGGAACAUUUCAUGCAUGAGCAAACAUAAAUAUUUGUAUGACAUACUCAACUUUUACCUAUACAAAAGCAUUUACAGAAGUGAAAUCACACUUGUAAAGGUGUGUGAAUACAUUGAUUAAUCUUUUUUUUUUUAGUUAGCACAUAACACUUUAUUGGAACUCCAUAAAGAAUAUACAUCCCUGAUACCUGUAUUUCAAAAUUAAAGUAUCAUUUAUGUACAUCACAUUAUAACUGCAUGAUAUAAGAGAGCAACCAUCUACCUCAUCAGUAACAGCAUUUCUUUUUGAUUUUCCUUGGCUGGUACUUUUGUCUUUCCAUUUUCAACUCCUAUCUCCUUAUUUACACCAAUUCCCCUUUCCACAUUUGCUUGAUCAAGUGUGAGAAUAAACAGCUGCUGAACAAACCAUAUUCUACUGUUCUGUAAAGUAGCCUGUGUACUCUGUGUUUACCAUUAUGUGAAAUAACACUUCUGAAAUAGCCAAAUCAUCCUUACAGUAACACCCAGGAACUUUCUGUAUUCUCUCACAAAUACUAAGUUUGAUUUUACAAGAUUUAGUGUUAAAGACUUGCAUAUAUAAUUGAUUUAGUUUUCAACUAAUUGUGAUGUGUCUUGCUGUCUUUUUAGUUAUAAUUUUUGUAUUGAAGGUUGAAGCAAGAAACUGAUGUUAUCAGUUCCUGUAAUUGUACCAUUAUCUAAGAUGUUUUUUGUCAGUACCACAUUCAAAAAUGUAUUAAAAAAAUAAAAUAUGCUUACAAGCUAAUUUUGUUUUUCGUGGGGGGAGGGGAUUUGCGAGUUUCUCCAUAGUUUUAUGUAUUUUUCAAAAUUUUUUGGACUCCACACUUUCAGUAUGCUUCAUGAAAUGGUCCAUAUAUUUGGUGUAUCAUGUGAACAUUAUGUGAAGUUGUUUUUACAAGGAACUUAGGUGUAUAAACUUUGGCACUGUGUGAUGAAUUUAGUCAUGUCACAAUAGUCUUUCAAAAAAGUUUUUUUACCAUUACUAUAAGCACCAAUUUUCCUUUUAAUAUUGUGUGCUACUAUUUAAGAGAAACAGCACUUUUUUGCAAAGCAUUAUAAAUACCUAUCAGAAGACUUGCUCAGCACUGAUAGGGUUAAAGUACUGAAGCAAAAAGUAAUUUCUUGUACAAGUACUUUUUAGAGAAUAGUCUUAUAAAAAUACCCAUUUUACAAAGCAAAAUUCAAGCACUUUCUGAAAAUCUCACAAAUCUUGUGUAACACAUUGCAUUAGAAAGAAAUAAUAAACCGCAAAAACAAAAAAUCAAUCGUACUCGUGAGAUAUAAACAUGUAGUUGCACAUUAAGCAGAAUACUUUUACUUUUGGCACUAGUGUAGAAAUGUUGACAGUUCUCCAAGAAAAGAUUUUAAUAUAAGUAAAAAAAACUUUUUUUUUGCUUAAUGUACAUAUAUUCAAUAAAUAUACUGAACUAUUUUCCGACUUUAGAGUUGUAAUGGAGGUUAUAUUCUACAAAGAUUUGCCUCCUAAUAGUUCAGCAGUAAGUUUGAGGGCUUAUAACACUAAACAUUGGGUAAAGGGCAGAGCACAGAUAGCUCUUGUUGUUUUGUGCUUAACAUUGACAGCAAUAUAUGUAAUUUAGGACCAUACAGGGAAGCUGACAUGAAUGGUACCAUACAUUUAAAAUGUAUGCUUGAAAAGUUAAAAGUGAAUAAAUCUUUUAGUAUUUCUACAUACAGACCUUUCAUCAUUCGAUGCAGUAAGAAUGGGGCAUUUGACUGAAACUUAGUACUAUCGACAUGACAUGUUGACACUGAAUAAAAAUUGGUGAUUGUAUUUGUAAAUUAGUUUAUUAAACUAGAAUAUGUAGUACUACUAAGAAUAAAAUUUUUGCAGUGAAUUUUAUGUUUGUUGCAUUCAUAUUUAUCUUCUUUGCUUUUGUGAGCAGCAAUCAGUAGCAUACUGGAGUAUAUUUUGAAAUAUCAUACUUUGUUGACUAUUAGAAAUGUGUUCUGGUUAAAGACAAUAAACUAUGCUUUCCUUCAUGA